AGUCCCUGACGCUGUGCUCUGUGACCCUGAGGUCUGCGACCUACCCUCUAUACCCAACAGACCUCCUCCCCUCCUGCGUUCUUGCCGCCACCGGCGCCACCUUGGACAAUGGUGUCCCGCCUGCUGCUGCGCCUCUGGCCCGGGGGUCCUGCUAUUGGCCCUGGAGUCCCCCGGCGACCCCUCAGCGCCGGCUCCGGACCCAGCCAAUACCUGCAGCGCAGCAUCGUGCCCACCAUGCACUACCAGGACAGCCUACCCAGGCUUCCUGUUCCCAAGCUUGAAGACACCAUUAGAAGAUACCUCAGUGCGCAGAAGCCCCUCUUAGAUGAUGGACAGUUCAGGAAAACAGAACAAAUUUGCAAGAGUUUUGAAAAUGGGAGUGGAAAAGAACUGCAUGAGCAACUGGUUGCUCAAGACAAGAAGAAUAAACAUACAAGCUACAUUUCAGGUCCCUGGUUUGAUAUGUACUUAGCUGCUCGAGAUCCUGUUGUCCUGAACUUUAAUCCAUUUAUUGCGUUCCAUCCUGACCCAAAGUCUGAAUAUAAUGACCAGGUCACACGAGCAACCAACAUGACUAUGUCUGCCAUCCGAUUUCUGAAGACAUUCCAGGCCAGCCUUCUGGAGCCAGAAGUGUUCCACCUGAACCCUGACAAAAGUGACACUGAUACCUUCAAGAGACUAAUACGCUUUGUCCCUCCCUCUCUGUCUUGGUAUGGUGCCUAUUUGGUCAAUGCAUAUCCCCUGGAUAUGUCCCAGUAUUUUCGGCUUUUCAAUUCAACUCGUAUACCCAAACCUGGUCAGGAUGAACUCUUUACUGAUGACAAGGCCAAACACCUCCUGGUCCUAAGAAAAGGACAUUUCUAUGUCUUUGAUGUCCUGGAUAAAGAUGGGAACAUUGUGAGUGCAGCAGAAAUCAAGGCUCAUCUGAAGUACAUUCUCUCAGACAACAGCCCUGCCCCUGAGUUUCCUGUGGCAUAUCUGACCAGUGAGAACCGAGAUGUCUGGGCAGAGCUCAGGCAGAAGCUGGUGAGUGACGGCAAUGCAGAGACCCUGUGGAAAGUGGACUCUGCUUUGUUCUGCCUCUGCCUAGAUGGUUUUCCCAUUAAGGACCUUGUCCACUUGUCCCACAACAUGCUGCACGGCGAUGGCACAAACCGCUGGUUUGAUAAAUCCUUUAACCUUAUUAUAGCCAAGGAUGGCACUGCUGCUCUGCACUUUGAGCAUGCUUGGGGUGAUGGUGUCGCAGUGCUCAGGUUUUUUAAUGAAGUGUUUAAAGACAGCACUCAGAACCCUGCCAUCACUCCCCAGAGCCAUCCAGCUGCCACUGACUCAUCUGUUGCUGUGAAGAAACUCAACUUCAAGCUUAAUGAUGCCUUAAAGACUGGCAUCACCACUGCUAAGAGGAAGUUUGAGGAAACCAUGAAAACCCUCACCAUUGACUGCAGGCAGUUUCACAGAGGAGGCAAAGAGUUCCUGAAGAAGCAGAAGCUGAGCCCUGAUGCAGUGGCCCAGCUGGCCUUCCAGAUGGCCUUCCUGCGGCAGUACGGGCAGACUGUGGCCACCUAUGAGUCCUGCAGCACUGCAGCAUUCAAACAUGGCCGCACCGAGACCAUCCGCCCAGCCUCCAUCUUCACAAAGAGGUGCUCGGAGGCCUUCGUCAGGGAGCCCUCUAAGCACAGUGUUGGAGAGCUUCAGGAGAUGAUGGCCAAGUGCUCCAAGUACCAUGGCCAGCUGACCAAAGAAGCAGCAAUGGGCCAGGGCUUUGACCGACACUUGUUUGCUCUGCGGAACCUGGCAGCAGCCAGAGGGAUCCCCCUGCCUGAGCUGUACCUGGACCCUGCAUAUGGGAAGAUAAACCACAAUAUCCUGUCCACGAGCACUCUCAGCAGCCCAACAGUGAGCCUUGGUGGCUUUGCCCCCGUGGUCCCUGAUGGCUUUGGUAUUGGGUACACGGUUCACGACAACUGGAUAGGCUGCAAUGUCUCCUCCUACCCAGGCCGAAAUGCCCACGAGUUUCUCCUCUGUGUGGAGAAGGCUUUAGAUGACAUGUUUGAUGCCUUAGAAGGCAAAACCAUCAAAACAGCAUCUGGGUAGAUGAGAUGCCUUGGUAAUUUCCUUAUGAAAA